AUGGAACUAAGACGCGGUGGGUGCGUCCUCCUGGCCUUGUUAUUCUCCUUCUUUAGCUCCUCCUGCGGCCGGACAUCGAGUGAUGGAUCGGCGUCCCGCUCGAUAGAUUCCCUGAUUCGAGAUCGUGCGUUUCACGAGCUGGUCCGGCGCCGCACCGGCGUGGCGUACCGCGUGCCCCUCCCGGCGAAUUUGUCGGCCAUGGAGGCUUCGGUUCUGCGGCUGAGGAGCAGCAGUCUGUGGAGGCGAGGAGCCAAUCUGUGCGCAUCCCACAUUCCUCCAGGAACACUUGCAGUGCCUCACGUCAGGCGAGUCGUGGUCGUGUACCAGAACUGGAGAGGCAUGUCGGCUUCGUACUUCGGCGUGCCGGGCUACGAACUUGCUGCUCCUGUCAUCGGCCUCUUCCUUUACGACGCAUCCGAUAACGCAAGCUCGGCAGAGCUCGAUCUCAGGGUGACGGAAGACCCGGUAUCCAUCAGAUUCCCAGUCGCUGCACCGGAUUCCUCGACGAGAUGUGCUAGGUUCGAACGAGAUGGGUCGGUGCAUCUCCAGAAUCCGGCAUCAACAGGCGAGUGCACGGCGAGGAGCACAGGGCACUUCACGAUCAUCGUGCCGUCAGGGAGCUCUUCAGGCCACGCUCCUGCAAGGAAAGAGAAGAAGUGGAGGGUUUUGGCCAUGGACAUCGUCGUCGGAAUGUUUGCCUUGGCUUUGGUGGUUCUGAUGGGGGUGGGUAUACGUAGACUGGUGAAGAAGAAGAGGACGAUGAAGCAGAUCGUGAGACAUGCGGAAGAGAAUGAUGCACUGGGAGCUGCCUGUGUUGGGAAGAGCAGGAUGCCAUCGGCAGCGAUGACUAGAACUCGGCCACGUAUGGAGAACGAAGAUGCACCCAUGACAUGA